GGAUACUGGACAGCGGUAACAUGUAACGAGGGUCCAAGUAGGGUCGAAGCAUCAUCUAUGGUGUUAGGCUAUUGCUAAUAUGGAAAAUGAUGGGCAAGGUGACUUUAAACUAACAGAUGUACGAUCUCCAAAUGACUGGGAACACGCUGACUUGGGUUCUAAAGAUCGAAACAUAAAGUUCUUAAAAUUAAUGGGAGGAAAUCCUGUACGUGACCAUAAAGGAAAACUAGUAAUCGGAGAAAACAUCGACAAUGUGCACGGUCAAAAUAAAGAUACAUCUGUUAUCAAUGAAGAGCUAGAAAAUCAGUACCUUCAGGGUUUGGAAAAGAGUAUGCAACCAAAUUGUCACCAUGGUUUAGGAAGCCAUACAAAUUCCUCGUCCAACCCAGUGGACAAUUUGGAUUAUACCAACACAGAAAAACUUAAGGAACAAUAUAAAUCAUCAUUUAUCUCGGGAAAGGAUUCUUAAUAAAGAAUUUUAAAAUGUUUAUCGCUUACCGUGUAUUUUUUCUUGUUUAUAUUUUCAGCGAUUUUUUUUAUACAAUUAUAAUAGUUUCUGAAUGAACGUAGAUAUGUGAAUACACUUUGUGGCCAACUCUUGAAGUUAUUCUGCCAAAAAAUGUCUAUUAUUUACACUAAUAGAUAUUCAAAUGUUAUUUCUUGUGAGAAGUGACCAAUUUUUAGAAAAAUUUUUUAGACUUUUUGCGUUUUUUAAAUGUUCAUUCAAAAUUAUUUACGAAUUUUUCAAUGCAAUUGUACCAUUUUCUAAACAGUAUAAGAAGUUUACGACUUGCGUUUACGCGUCAACCAAGCAAAUAUUUGGAUAAUGAUUAUCGUUUUUUUUCGUUAUUUUUUAAAAUUCUGUAGACUGUGAAUUAAGUUUGUCAGCACUUAUUAUGUCAACCGACUAAUACAGAAACUUGUCUCUCAAUGCAAAAAAUAUCAUGUCAACGAAAAUAGAAUUCAU